AUGUCUUACGGCACCUGCUUCAGGAACUUCUCCUCCUGCUCCCUUGGGGGUUCCCUGCGUUUCCCGGCCUCUUUCAGCAACUCCUGCGCCCCAAGCAACCUCGUCUACCGCACCGAUGCCUGCGGCCCCUACCCGGUAGAAUCCUGUGCCUUCGAUCCCUGCCAGGAGACCUGUUGCGAGCCCCCCAGCUAUCAGUCCAGCUGCUCCGCCUCCAGCCCCUGCCAGACCCCGUGCUUCCGUCCCAGGGUCUCCUGCCUCUCCAGCCCCCGCCGGGCACAAAUCGUGGCCUUCCCUAGCUUCGGAUCCCCCGGCUUUGGAUCCGGCUCCUGUCGACCCCUGGGCUAUGGAUCGAGUACCUUCCGAUCACUGGGCUACCGUUUCAGAGGGUGUCGAUCCCUGGGCUACGGAUCCAGCUUCUCCCGCCCAGCCUGCUUCGCCCCCAGGAGUCUGCAGUCUUCCUGUUACCCGGCCACCCGUGGGUCCGGCUUCUACUGA